CGUGCAAACGGCGCGGAAUCUACAUUACCGACCGAGCGUUAUAAAAAAGUGUCAUAAUUGUUUGUGUUUAUAAACAUUGGAUUUUGUGAAAAAAGUGUGUAUUUUAGGCCUAGUUCAUAAUGUCGACGAUUUCUUCACCAUCAGUUGAACUCAGUUCGUACCGCGACCAACAUUUUAAGGGCACAAGAGCCGAACAGGAUCGUUUAUUGCGAUUAUCGACUACUCUGUAUGUUGGAAAUUUAUCAUUUUACACUACUGAGGAACAAAUAUACGAAUUAUUUUCAAAAUGCGGCGACAUUCGUCGAGUGGUCAUGGGCCUAGAUAAGUACAAAAAAACGCCUUGUGGCUUCUGUUUCGUUGAGUAUUACAAUAGACAAGACGCGGAAAAUUGCUUAAGGUAUAUAAAUGGCACCCGUUUGGAUGACAGAAUUGUGAGAACAGACUGGGACGCAGGCUUCGUCGAGGGCCGACAGUACGGUCGGGGAAAGACUGGGGGUCAAGUGCGUGACGAGUACAGAACUGACUACGACUCAGGCCGUGGCGGCUACGGACAACAUCUGAAAAUGGCGAGGGCUUUUAAAGAACAAGUACCGCUACAAUACAGGCAAAAGGAGAAUUUUAAGGAUGUCGAUAAGGAGUUAAAAACUGUGGUAACGGCUAGAGAGUAAUAUUUAAAUAGGUUACGCAUUACUUUUGUAUUACAUUAUCGAGAAUUUGUUUUCAUUAUUUUUGUUUGUUACGAUUGAAUUGAGUUAAAUACAAAUAAAUGAGAUGUUUCUACAUA